AUGGACUAUCAAAUCAUCACUUUUGUACUAGCAGUUUUGGUGACAUUAGCACAUGGAACUAAUUGGCAUCAAAUGUUUUUUAUGGGAGACAAAGAACUUAGAGCAGAGAGUCCUGCAGAUGCAUUCUUCCGAGGGUGUUGCAUGAAGGAAUCUGUUAAUGAUUUCUGUACAAAUAAAAUGUGCAGUUUGAGUAGAAUUGCUGGUAUGACACAUUGGACGUUUAUGCUAAGUGUCAAGCAAUGCAAACCGCAACUGAAGAAAAUUUUCAAAUGUGCUUCGGAUAACAAAAAUCAAACUUCUUGCUGCGCUGCACGUGGUGUACCUGAACAGUGCAGCAAGAUUUGCAAUGGAGCGGAAACAUUAAGAUUAAGAGAACUAAGCAUUUUUUGCGCCCGGCAUUCUAAGUCAAUUCUUCAGUGCUUCAAAGAAAAUUUUGUUCCUUUCCAUAAAUUUACUGAAAUGAAAUACUUUCUCAUAAAAUAA